CGCCCGCCCGCCCGCCGGUCAGCGCCCCUGGCCUGGUUUCCGCGGCUUCCCCCGGACAGCUUAGUCUCAACCCGGGUUUCCACUACUAGAGAAUGAAACAUGACUGAGGAUUCUCAGAGAAACUUCCGUUCAGUAUAUUAUGAGAAAGUGGGGUUUCGUGGAGUUGAAGAAAAGAAAUCAUUAGAAAUUCUCCUAAAAGAUGACCGUUUGGAUAUUGAGAAACUUUGUACUUUUAGUCAAAGAUUUCCUCUCCCAUCCAUGUAUCGUGCAUUGGUAUGGAAGGUGCUUCUAGGGAUCCUGCCUCCACACCAUGAGUCCCAUGCACAGGUGAUGAUGUAUCGCAAGGGGCAGUACUUGGAUGUCCUUCAUGCCCUGAAAGUCGUUCGCUUCGUCAGUGAUGCAACACCUCAGGUUGAAGUCUAUCUGCGCAUGUAUCAGCUGGAGUCUGGAAAGUUGCCUCGAAGCCCCUCCUUCCCACUGGAGCCAGAAGAUGAAGUAUUUCUUGCCAUUGCUAAGGCCAUGGAAGAGAUGGUGGAAGACAGUGUCGACUGUUACUGGAUCACUCGAUGCUUUGUGAAUCAAUUAAACAACAAGUACCGAGACUCUUUACCCCAGCUGCCAAAGGCUUUUGAACAAUACUUGAAUAUGGAAGAUAGCAGGCUGCUGAGUCACCUGAAGAUGUGUUCUGCCAUGUCCAAACUUCCUUAUGACCUCUGGUUCAAGAGGUGCUUUGCAGGUUGCUUGCCUGAAUCCAGUUUACAGAGGGUUUGGGAUAAAGUCGUAAGUGGAUCCUGUAAGAUCCUAGUUUUUGUAGCAGUGGAAAUUUUAUUAACCUUUAAAAUAAAAGUAAUGGCACUGAACAAUUCAGAGAAGAUAACAAAGUUUCUGGAAAAUAUUCCCCAGGACAGCUCGGAUGCGAUUGUGAGCAAGGCCAUCGACUUAUGGCACAAACACUGUGGGACCCCAGUACAUUCAGCCUGAACUUCAUCUGUGGACAGUCUGCCAGCCCCGCCCUGAAUAUUUUGUUAUGGGAACAUGAUCUACUAAACUGAAAACAAGGUUCUUGCUUUGGUGCUCAAAGUGUAAUUUCUUUUCCAGUAAAAUUAUUUAAUUAAGAGUCCUGGCGUUGCUGUGUUAUGAGCUGCAUCUUUUGAUUGCACAGAAGUACAAAGUUCCACUCUGAAUACAAUUUUGAAGGGUUGUUGGAGUUUCUAAAGCGUAUCUAAGUUUGUAAAACAACAAGAAAGAA